GAGCACUCGAAGGACUGCACUCCGCCAUUCUUCAAUCUGAGAGUGAGCAGGAAGAAGAGAGAAAAGAAAAGACAAGCACCUGUUGUCUCUCCUGCACCUUCCUCAUCUUCCUCAUCUUCCUCCGCAACUCUUGUCUUGGCAGGUGGAUAAAAAUCCCAUUAUGGUGGACCUGUUUGUGGACAGGAUCCUGGUAAAGAACAACAAGGACCGCGAUGAGCUGGACACAGAACGUGAGAUUGUUCUGCGCUUGCAGAACCGGAUCCUCAUGCUGUUCUUCGGGCGAUGGGACUGAGAGAGCAAUGCCAGGAGUUUCGCCAGCAGCUGAAGCCGACUUCUACAAGCGAUCUGAGGGCCCGAGUUCUAUGGAAGGCGGGCCGCCCAGCUGGUGCUGAUCUUCGUAUCGCUGGACGACUCCGAGGACCAGCAUGACAAGUUCCUCAAAGAGCUGCCCAAGCGCUGCCUGUUCCUAAACUACGAGGACCCCUACAGGAAAGAACUUGGCGUGAUGUUCGAGGUGGAGGAGGUCCCCAGGGUGGUUGUCGUGCGUCCAGACUGUUCUGUGUUGCUGCCGAACGCCGUCACGGAGAUUACCGACCUCGGCCCCCAAUGCUACCAAAAUUGGCAGGAGGCCUCCGAGAUCAUCGACCGCAACUUCGAGCUGCACGAAGAGUUUGACGAGAACAAAAUGCGCAGCCUGACUGACCCGCUGCGCCGGAUAAAGUACAAAGUGGAGGAUGAGAAGAAAAAGAAGAAGAAGAAGAAGAAGAGGAGAGGUUUCCUGGGAGGAGGAGGAGAUGAGGAAGAAGAGGGUGAUGUUGAGGAUGAUGAAGAAGAUAACAAUGAGACAGAGAAGAGCCCUUGGUAGCAGUCUUAUUACAGAGGGCAAGCCCAAGGAUUUAACCCCUUGUCACCUCACAAGCACAUAUCUUUUCAAUCAAGCCAGCCAGAUAAGGGGAGUGAUUGGUCGCACUAACUGAACUGGAUUGCUUAAAGCAACACAAACGCACUUUUCCUCUGUCGCAUCCAUGGUAAUUGUUUAUCUAGCACCGGCUUUGCAGAUUACAUGUCCACAGACACGGCAGAGUGUGUUGCAUGAUUUAAUGAAAGUAUGAUGUAUUGCGACAUCAGAAGCAAGUCAAAUUUGUAGUUUCUAAUGUCUCAUUCCAUCUAACUACAGAUCCGAUCUGGCAAACUUACAUAGUAUGGUUAAAAGCUGAUAGAGGGCCGCGAAGCGAAUACAGAAGUGCCGUGCACCCUGUAACGAGUUGAUGAACCACUGAAACGAUUUUGGAAACAUUAUGUUAAGGUACAAAAAACUCUUUGGCGUUUGCUUUAAAUGUUGUAGUUGCCUGUGUUGCCACUAUCUGACUGGACUGCAGCUCACACACGCUAGUUGAUCAUAGUGAUGCUGUUUGAUGCUAAAACCAGGCAAUUUUUUAUUCAACAUAUGGAAAUUCAAGGCACUUAAAAGUAUUAUUUUUGCCUCUCCAAAAACAUAAAUUGUGCAUAUAGUUUUGUCAAAUGUCAAUUAAGUUAUAUGAAAAAAAAAUGUAGACCAAUUUUACACUCCUUAGACACACUGGACUAAUGCACUGUAUUCAAAAAUACACUGUAGGCCUAUUUGAUGUCAGAGGAUUACAUGCAACUACUGUGACCUGUGUGUGUGUGUGUGUGUGUGUGUGUGUGUGUGUGUGUGUGUUAAAUUUUAACCCCACAGUCUUCUUUGAGAGGGUAGUCUUUUGUGGAGGGGGCGUGGUCUCAAACCACCUGGUGUGCACAACCACCUGCACAAUGACAACAACACUAUUGGUAAUGGGAAGCUGAUGAGCUAAUGAAUGACUAAGGUCAGGUGGUUAUGUCUGCUUGCACUGGUCCAAAAGAAAGAAAGAAAGAAAGAGGUGGCUGAUUAGCUGAGGCUGAUUAGCGCUGAGCUGAUUGAUUAUCUGAGACUGGAGCUACUACUUUUGCUAACAACAAACUCAUCAACAGUCAAUGGCUUACAGGCUCCUUGCAUGUGUUAUUUGUGCUCUGGUUGUGACUGUAUUUGUACAA